AUGGGGUGUGGAGCAUCCAAGUCAUCGCCAGACGUUACUCUGAAGGUGGACGCAAACAAGCGUCUUUCCAUUGCUGUGAAAAGACGUCAAAGUUUGGACAAACGUCACCGAGACUCUAUCGCACAGGGCGAUGUGAAAGAUGCGUUUGGUGACCCGAAUUCUAGUAGUCGUAAGGCUGAACGUUCACAUACAGCAAAAGAUGGAAGAAUCUUCCCAAUUGCUGUUAUGAUGGACGAAGCCAAGCUUGAAGAUCUUGAAGUAAGUCCUUCAAAUAGUACUCAUAAUGAUGUUGGUGUGACUAAGAAGGCGAGUGAGAACACUGUUCCACUUGCUGCUGAGAGUAAGGUCAGCCGUAGUACUGUUGUUAGUGAGAGUCGGUCCCGGCAUACUGUAAGAGGUACACCAUCAAACCGCUCCAAUGUUAACGGUACAGGUGGUUUGAGUUUAGGCAGUAGGUCCUCUGCUCAUGAUGCAGCCAAUAAUAUUGGUAUACCAACUUCCCCACCUAUUGGCAUCACUGAUAAAGGUGAUGCUGUGAUAGCACGCCGUUUGAGUGGCAACAUUCUGAUGAUGGAUGAGAACAGGGUUGCAACCGUGAUAAACCCUCAUCCUGAGCGGCCUGCGGUUGAGGUGAUUCCUCCUCCUCCAACUCGUAUUGUCAAUAGUAGAACUAGUGUUCGAUCAAGGAAAACUGACAGUACCUUGCGAAUGGAAAAGAUUGAAGAAGCUUGCGCGAUAGCUGAGAUUCUGUCUUCCAAACCUGCAAGUUUGAUGAACUUUGGAGACUCCAAAGUGCCAUCAGCAAGGGCAAGUGGUACUUCAUCCACUAGCAAGCAGCCAACCCCACCUAAUAGCCGAAGUGCAUCAUCAUCUGGUUCUCAUACUCAGAAAAUCCAGUCUCCAAAGGCUUCUUUGAAGAGACUUCAUUCAUUGACCAUUGAUGUUGGUAGUAUUAGUCCACCAGGUACUCCAACUGAAAUUUCAGGAGUUGUGAGCAGCAGUGAAACCAGUGCUAAGACCAGUCAGGUAGACAACGGUAAAACUAGCCGUCCAGCCAGUGCCAAGGCCAGCCAGGUAGACAAUGGUAAAACUAGUCGUCCAGCUAGUGCCAAGGCCAGCCAAGUGGACAAUGGUAAAAGUAGCCAUCCAGCUAGUGCCAAGACUAGCCAGGUAGACAAUGGUACAACUAGCCGUCCAGCUAGUGCCAAGGCCAGCCAAGUGGACAAUGGUAAAACUAGCCGUCCAGCUAGUCCUAAGAUAAGCCAGGAUAGCAAAGUAGAGGUAGCUAGAUCAAAAAGCAGCAGAACAGCUAGUGCUAAGUCAAGUAGUAGUAGCAGACGUUGCAGUCCAGCUGUGCUGACUCCAUCACAGUCACCUACCUUACUCAGCCCAAGAAAAUCUAUUCAAUCAAUUGGCUCAUUCAAAAGCUCAGCAGCAGUUCUGCCACCAAUCAAACCUAGUCCACCAUCAAGCCCAAGACCUUCAUCCAGGUCAUCGACAAGCCCUAACAUGCUCACUCCAAAUGCAUCUAUUCAAUUGAUUGGCUCACUCAGAGGAUCUUCAACAGUUCUGCCAUCAAUUCAACCAAGUCCGCCAUCAAGCCCAAAGAAGUCACAACAGUCAGUUGCAAUCCCAAGGGUGAUUAGGUCUGCUCGCAUAAAAUCAGUUAUUGAUUACUCUGAAAGACCACUCACUCCUCCGGCCAAUGACAAACUCAUGGCCAAAAUUAGUGUGAGUGUCAAUCCACACCAACCUAUCAAAUCACCACUAGCAAGUCCUAGAUCUUCUCAGCAAGUGCUUCCAUCAAUCAGCCCAUCAGCAUCACGGCCAUCAAGCAGGACAUCAAGGAAAGGGUCUGAUAUGUCAAUCAUCGAAUUAUGUACGUCUAAGCCAGAUGUUGAGGUUCCGACCAUUAGUCCAGCACCAAGGAACAGCCCUUUACCACGUAUAGCACCAAGCAGCUCAUCAAGAUCAUCUCCUGUUGAACAACCACUGCCAUCAACAUCCACCACUGUUCAGAUUCCAUCUGCUGAAGGACUUCUUAUGAGCACCAGUAAAAGCUUGGAAGUGGAGGGGAUUAAGGCAUCAGCAAGCGUAGGAAUCACCAUUAAUCCUUGCAGUCCUGGAACAUCUAGUGGGUCAGUUAUGAAAGUUAUAUCUGCACCUGCUUGGGGUGAAGUUGAGGCGGCAGUCAAGACGUCUGCACCUCAGGAAGACUAA